GGGAGCGUACAUCUCCUUUCCCCUCACCGGGCUUCACUGGUUUCUAACCACGGCCGCUCUUGGUGAGGAAACUCUGGCCUCCGCUUCCUCCUCCUCCGACUCGGACACCGGCGGAGCGUCGCCGCCCCCGCGGAAGAAACACCGAGCCUCGGCGGCGGAGGGAGCAGGAGAGCCCGGGGCUUCAACUGGAACAGUGGGCCUUUCUGCAGUUGUUUUAGGACUCUCAUCCUCGACACAUCCUCAGGCAUCCUCAGCCAUUUACUUUAACCGAAACAUCGUCAAUAAUCCCGGCACAAACAUGCAGUCCAAUGGAUCAGGACAGGGACAGGACUCGGAUCUUUCCUGCUUGAACAACGCACAGAACGGGGAGUCCUCCUCGGCCGGUGGAGCGCACUCCAACGGGCUUAUUUCCAGCACAAACAAUGGGGACAGCAGCGGUACCAGUAGCGUAUCUGCGACUGGACCGGGCUCUGGGAGCUCAACGGCCACGGGUUCGGACGUGGGCUCCAUAAAGAAAAAGAAACGUCUAACGCAAUAUGAGGAAGAUGUAAUCAGACUCAUAGGGCAACAUCUCCACGGGUUAGGGCUCAAUCAGACAGUGGACCUGUUGAUGCAGGAAUCAGGCUGCCGACUGGAACACCCCUCAGCAACCAAGUUCCGCAACCACAUCAUGGAGGGAGAGUGGGACAAGGCUGAAAAUGAUUUGAAUGAGCUGAAAGCAUUGAUGCACUCUCCCAACGCCAUUGUGAGGAUGAAGUUUCUGCUUCUGCAGCAGAAGUAUCUGGAGUUCCUUGAGGACGGGAAGGUCCUGGAGGCUCUUCAGGUGCUGCGUGGCGAGCUCACCCCCCUCAAGUACAACACAGACCGCAUACACGUCCUCAGCGGGUACCUGAUGUGCAGUCAUGCGGAGGACCUGCGAGCCAAAGCAGAGUGGGAGGGCAAAGGAGCCGCCUCGCGAUGCAGACUAUUGGACAAGCUACAGACGUUCCUGCCCCCGUCGGUGAUGCUCCCUCCGCGCCGGCUCCAGACUCUGCUGAGGCAGGCGGUGGAGCAGCAGAGAGAUCGCUGCCUCUACCACAACACACGCCUGGACUCCAGCCUCGACUCUGUAUCCCUGCUACUGGACCACGUCUGCAGCAGGAAGCAGUUCCCUUGUUACACACAGCAAAUCCUGACAGAGCACUGUAACGAGGUUUGGUUCUGCAAGUUCUCCAACGACGGCACCAAAUUGGCCACCGGUUCCAAAGACACCACAGUCAUCAUAUGGGAGGUGGAACCGGACACCCAGCAGUUGAAGCUGCUGAAGACCCUUGAGGGCCAUGCCUACGGGGUGUCCUACCUGGCCUGGAGCCCUGACGACGCCUACCUGGUGGCCUGUGGACCAGACGACUGCGCUGAGCUCUGGCUCUGGAACGUACAGACUGGGGAGUUGCGCACUAAGAUGACCCAGUCACAUGAGGACAGCCUCACCAGCGUGGCCUGGAACCCGGACGGCAAGCGCUUCGUCACCGGGGGGCAGAGGGGACAGUUCUACCAGUGUGAUCUGGACGGUAACUUGCUAGACUCCUGGGAGGGCGUGCGAGUGCAGUGUCUCUGGUGUCUGAUGGAUGGCAAGACCGUUCUGGCCUCAGACACACACCAGCGUAUCCGAGGGUACAACUUUGAGGACCUCACAGACAGAAACAUUGUCCAAGAGGACCACCCCAUAAUGUCGUUCACUGUGUCGAGAAAUGGGAGGUUAGCGCUUUUAAACGUAGCAACUCAGGGAGUGCACCUGUGGGACCUGCAUGACCGUGUGUUGGUGAGGAAGUACCAGGGGGUCACUCAGGGCUUCUACACCAUACACUCCUGCUUCGGAGGACACAACGAAGACUUUAUCGCCAGCGGCAGCGAAGACCAUAAAGUGUACAUCUGGCAUCGGCGUGGUGAGCUGCCCAUAGCGGAGCUGACGGGCCACACUCGCACAGUGAACUGUGUGAGCUGGAACCCCGCCCACCCCGGCCUAUUGGCCAGCGCCUCCGACGACGGAACUGUACGCAUCUGGGGACCUGCCCCCUUCCAGGACGGACAGCUCGACUCUCUCCACGAAAGCUGCAGUGGGAUGGACAGUUGAUGUUGACUGGACCGGCUGCUGUCUACGGAACCCACACCGAAACAAAAACAAUCAGAAUGGAACAGAGGCGUGAUUCGUCACAUCACCAUAGCAACCUGACCCACGUAGGAGCCAGGCAACUGGAGGAGAGAGGAGGGGCCUGGAGCUGUCACUCAAGCCGAGGGGGUGGGGCCUAGGACCUGAGAAGAGUUUCCUGGACUAACCCUCCCUGCCAGUCAUGCGUGCGCGCACACACACACACACACACACACACACACACACACACACACACACAUACACACAUACACACACACACACGCUCAUGUACAUCCAACAUGCACUCAAACACACAUACACCCACAGAGGUGGAGUACAGGGGGGUGGGCUGCUUUGGUGGGAGGUCAAGUUAGUUAUUAAGUCUUGAGGUUGGCAAGUACAGUAUGGGCAACUCGUCUCGCCUACCCAUGCCCAUCCCUCCACCAGUCCACGUGGGAAGAUAUCUGCACAAGCGUGUGUGUGUGCGUGUGCGUGUGCGUGUGUGUGUGUGUGUCUGUGUGUGUGUGUGUGAGAGAGAGAGAGAGCGAGCGAGAGAGAGAGAGCGAGAAAGAUGGUCAGACUGCAUUGGUGUUUGUGUGUGUGUGUGUGUGUGUGUGUGUGUGUGUGUGUGUGUGUGUGUGUGUGUGUGUGUGUGUGUGUGUGUGUGUGUGUGUGAGAGAGUUGAUGUGUUCUUCCUUUUCAUACCAGCGAGCGUGUGUGUGUGUCUGUGUGUGUGUGUCUGUCUGUUGAAUACGAGUGAAUAUGAGUUUUUAGCUGCGCUAUAAGUUAGUCUCUUUGCAAAUUUCACCUCACACUGCCACACCAAAAAAACAACCAAAAGGUCCAUCAGUAAAGCCAGAUAGAGUACUCUUCACACACACACACACACACACACACACACACACACACACACACACACACACACACACACACCGAUCAUCUGGGAAGGCUCUGCAGGUGCUGGUUAGGCCCCUCCCUUCCAUUGUUAAGCCCCGCCCAUGGCCCAACCCCCUGGCUACGCGCUCUGGACUGACUGACGUUCGUGUUUAAAGACUUUCUGUCGGUUUUUAUGAGAUUUUUUGUUACUUUUGUUUUAGUUUUUUUUUUCUUCCACAUGAUAUCUUUUUUUCAUUUUGGUUGACCUCCUCCUGUAUUACCCUAUUAAAAUAUAACCAGCCAAUGA